AUGGUGGGUGGCCAACGAGUUUCCACCAGGAGAAGAAAUAAUAAUGAAUCUAGUGGUCCCAGGUCUAACCUGCCUCCAAACUCAGGCUUCCAAAAGUACUACGGAUUAACCACCACCGGAUUAGAAAUGGACCAACAGUCAGUUCUUCUAUUGGCAUUGAUCUACAUGGGAGUCGUAGUAGUAAUGCACAUCGUAUCAAGAAUCAACCUUGUUUACAAGGGUUAA